UCAGUGCAGUGCGUGUCCUCCUCCAGCAGGCGCCGCUGUGUGCGCACUCCGAGCCGGAAGCGGAAGCAGCAGCUGCAUGAGCAGCAGUGAUGAUGGCGGUGAGGGCUUCAGUGUUCAGAAGGGUUUCAGAGGACAUCAGCAGCACACACUACCUGACGCACAGAUUCACUCUCCAGACGCAGCAGAGGUGUGGCUUCCGCAAAAUAACAAAGAGGGUGGAGCCAAAGAAGGGUGUGGCAGAAGAGGCGGAGCUAAAUGAAAUCCUCCACAAGAAGGGCGAGGCUCCUGCUCCAGACCCGCCCACCCCACAUGUACCCGCCAGGUCAUUUGGCAGACUGGUCAAACCUUUGGUCUUCACUAUAGGCUUUACAGGUUGUUCGUUCGGCGGAGCGGCGAUAUGGCAGUACGAAAGUCUAAAAUCUAGAGUACAGAGUUACUUUGAUGAUGUGAAGGCGGACUGGCUGGAGAAGAUACGGCCUCAGAAACAAGGCGAUUUGCACAAACAGGUGAGCCAGUGGUGGAACGGUUUAAGUGAUGGACAGAAAACAGUCACAGGUCAGUCUGAAUUUAAUUUGGAUUGUGAUCUGGUUUCAGAGGUGCUGUGUUGGCCCAUGCUGCUGUCCACAUUCAGUCACUAUUCUCUCUUUCACAUGGCGGCCAACAUGUACGUGCUCUGGAGUUUCUCUUCGAGCAUCGUCAACAUGAUGGGCAAAGAGCAGUUCAUGGCGCUUUACCUCUCCGCAGGUGUGAUUUCUACGUUUGUCAGUUAUGUGAGUAAAACAGCAAUGGGUCGGUUUGGUCCAUCACUGGGGGCGUCAGGGGCCAUCAUGGCCGUCCUAGCGGCUGUUUGCACCAAAAUGCCUGAAGCCAAACUGGCCAUCAUCUUCCUCCCCAUGUACACCUUCACCGCCGGAAACGCUCUUAAGGCCCUCGUCGCCUUGGAUACCACAGGCUUGAUUCUGGGAUGGCGUUUUUUUGAUCACGCAGCUCAUUUAGGUGGAGCUUUAUUCGGCAUGUGAG